AUGUCAGACCUCAAGACCUUCAUCAGCGAUAAUGUCGUGAGGAUCUUGGGCUCGUCCGACAGCGCUACGGUCGACUUUGUUCACAGUCUCGCCUUGUCUUCCAAGACCCCGGGCGACCUCUACCAUGCCCUCCUCGGUGUCGGUCUGACCGAUUCUCCGGACUCGCAGUCCUUCGCAUCCCAGGUCCAUUCGCUCGUGCCGCGAAAGGUCAAGGCCAAGGUCGCAAAGCCGGUAUCCGCCGUCAACACCCAGAAGUUCAGCUUGCUUCUGGACGACGAAGCAGAGUCGAGCACGAGUAAGCGGAAGAAGGAGAAGAAGCGGGACAAGGGCAAGGAGAAUGUGGCGGACAAGGAGACGGUAAAGAUGGGGCGGUCGAGCCGGAAGCGGGAGACAGACGGCAACUGGGACGAUGAACCAGAACCGCCCGAGCCGGUAGACGUUGGCUCCAAGCGGGCACGCUUUGAGUCAGUGCCGCCGGAAGACGGACCUCAGGAGACGGAGGAAGAGCGCCUGGAGCGCGAAGCGAGAGAGGACGCCGAGGAAAGGGAUGCUUUUGCCGCUCGGAUGCGGGAGAAGGACCAGGACAAGACCAAAAAGCUUGUCACGGAUCGGACAACCAAGAGCGGCUCCGGUCUCGAGGCGGAACGGCGGGCACUACUAGCGGACGAUCCAGAAGCCCGGCGGGCGGUUAUCGAGGAUCUCCGACUCCACUCUCGGCAAGAGUAUCUCACCAAGCGGGAAAAGCAGCGGCUGGACCUCUUGCGGAUGGAGAUUGAGGAUGAGAAGGCGCUGUUCAGGAACCAGAAGAUGUCGAAGCGGGAGCUGGAGGAUUAUGAGCGGAAGAAGGAGCUCAUCCGGAUCAUGGAGGCGCGAGAGCGGAUAGACGAUGGGAAGGACGGGUACAUGAUGCCGGACGACUACAUCACCGAGCAGGGCAGGAUCGACGCCAAAAAGCGCAAGAAUGCCCUGUAUCAACGGUACGAGGAGAGCAAACCGGUCGACGGGCAAUUCGUCUCGGAUGUCGAUCACUGGGAGCUUGCUCAGACGGACAAGACGAAUAUGAAGACCGGGGCGCUGGACGUGGAGUUUACGGAGGAGUCGUAUGACUAUGUCUUUGACGAGAGUCAGGGGAUCCAGUUCUUGCAGGAGGGCAAGCUGGAUGGGAACUUGACGAAGGAGGACCAGGCGAUAUUGGAUAAUAUAGCCUCACUGGAGCACAAGGCUAUGUCGAUCGAGCAAACCCGGAAAUCCCUCCCCAUCUACGACUAUCGAGACGGUCCCGACGGCCUCCUCGCCGCCAUCGCCGAGCACCAGGUCCUCAUCGUCGUCGCCGAGACCGGGUCCGGCAAGACCACUCAAUUACCUCAGUAUCUCCACGAGGCGGGGUACACCAAGAACGGUCAGAAGAUUGGCUGUACCCAGCCUCGCCGAGUGGCGGCCAUGUCGGUGGCGGCGCGUGUGGCGGAGGAGAUGGGAUGUAGGCUAGGGCAGGAGGUGGGGUACUCGAUCCGGUUCGAGGAUAUGACGAGCGACAAGACGGUACUCAAGUACAUGACGGACGGGAUGCUCUUGCGGGAGUUCCUCACGGACCCUUCGUUGGAGCAGUACGCGGCGCUGGUGAUUGAUGAGGCGCACGAGCGGACGCUCAGUACGGAUAUCUUGUUUGGUCUGAUCAAAGAUAUCGCUCGGUUCCGACCUGAACUUCGACUCCUUAUCUCAUCUGCUACCCUCAACGCCCAAAAGUUUGCCGAGUUCUUUGACGACGCGCCUACGUUCAAUGUCCCCGGCCGUCGUUUCCCAGUCGACGUGUACUACACCCAACAACCCGAGGCCAACUAUAUCCACGCAGCCAUUACAUCCAUCCUCCAAAUCCAUACGACCCAACCCAAAGGCGACAUCCUCCUCUUCUUGACGGGUCAAGACGAGAUCGAGGCGUGCGAGGAGAAUCUAAAGGAGACGAUGUACGCCCUGGGCGACAAGGUGCCGGAGUUGAUCAUCGCCCCGAUCUACGCCAACCUGCCGAGCGAGAUGCAGUCCAAGAUCUUUGAGCCGACACCAGCGGGUGCAAGAAAGGUCGUCCUCGCUACAAAUAUCGCCGAAACCUCCAUCACCAUCGACGGUGUCGUCUACGUCAUCGACCCCGGGUUUGUCAAACAGAACAACUACAACCCCAAGACCGGCAUGUCCUCCCUCGUCGUGGAACCCAUCUCGCGCGCGUCGGCACAACAACGAGCGGGUCGAGCCGGCCGGGUCGGGCCCGGUAAGGCAUUCCGACUAUACACCAAAUGGGCCUUCAAGAAUGAACUUCUGGAGGACACGGUACCGGAAAUCCAGCGUACCAACCUCGGAACGGUCGUCCUCAUGCUCAAAUCCCUCGGAAUCAACGAUAUUCUCAAUUUCGAUUUCCUUGACAAACCACCGGCGGAUACCAUCAUCCAGUCCUUUGAGCUGCUAUAUGCGCUCGGGGCUCUCAAUCAUAAGACUGAAUUGACCAAGAUGGGUCGACGGAUGUCUGAGUUCCCCGUGGACCCAAUGUUGAGCAAGGCGAUCAUCAAUUCUGAGAAUUACAAGUGCACGCACGAAGUUCUUACCAUCAUUUCCAUGCUCCAGGAAUCGGGAUCACUACUCUAUCGGCCAAAGGACAAGCGGGUCCAUGCGGACAAGGCCCAUCGGAACUUCAUCAAGCCCGGCGGGGACCACUUUACCCUUCUCAAUAUCUUUGAGCAGUGGGCCGAGUCCAACUACAGCCAGCAGUGGGCGCUGGAGAACUUUGUGCAGUACAAGUCUCUCACGCGCGUACGGGAUAUCAGGGAUCAGCUGGCGCAGCUGUGCGAGCGGGUCGAGGUGGUUGUGGAGAGUACGCCGAAUGAGGUGGUGCCGGUGCAAAAGGCGCUUACGUCGGGUUACUUUUAUAAUACCGCUCGGAUAGAUCGUGGAGGCGGGUACAAGACAACCAAGAACAACCAUUCAGUCUACGUCCACCCAUCGUCCUGUAUCAUCGGCAUGCAGCCACCACCCAGGUUCAUCCUGUACUACGAGCUGGUUUUGACGAGUAAGGAGUAUAUGCGGCAGUGUAUGCCCAUUGAGGGGAGUUGGUUGGCGGAACUUGCUCCACACGUCUUCAAGAAGAGCGAGAUCGAGGCGAUGAUGGGAUCGGCGAGCAAGGUCAAGAUGCCGAAGGAGAGGGAGCAGCCGAGAGUAGGACCGGUGGCAACCUAG